AUGGACAGGUUUGUGACCAGCCCCAAAAUAUUUCUCAUGGGAGGUCACUGUUCCUACCCUCCUCUCGUCGACCACGCGGACCGAAAGCCUCAGCGCGAGUUCCCAGUCGGGACAACCGUGACCUACUCCUGCAGAUCCGGGUACACUUUGCUCCCCGAAGUCUCUCCAACAACUACUUGCCUUAAAAAUUUCACGUGGUCGGCAAUCCCGAAGCUUUGCCGGAAGGCGCGGUGUCCCAGCCCGGCCCCCCGCCACGGCAGAGAGCUCGGCCCCGGCAAAGCCGAAUACGCCUUUGGGGACCAGGCGGAGUUUCAGUGCGACCCCGGCUACGUGCUGAGGGGCAACCAGAGGAUCCAGUGCUGGUCCGACGGGACGUGGAGACCCCCCGUGCCGUACUGCGACAAGGACUGUGGCCCCCCUCCAAAAAUCGCCAACGGGCAGCACUCUGCCUCGGGACAGGAGCAGUUUCCCUACGGCUUAGAAGUCAAGUACAGCUGUGCGGAGGGUCUGUCCCUCAUCGCCUCCGUCUACUGCCCCUCCGCCGACGGGGUGAACCUGGCGUGGAGCGGACCUGCCCCGGCGUGCAGGGUUCUGUGUCCACAACCACAAGUGGCCAAUGGAAGGCUGAAAAGCACUUCAGACAGUAAAACGUGGUACCAAACAAAUGCGACCGUUGCUUUUGAAUGCCUGAAGGGAUACCACUUUUCCAACGACGGAGACCUGUCUUCUGCAGACUCUUGGACAGCCACGUGCUUGCCGGAUGGCAGCUGGACACCGCUGCCCAAGUGUAAGGAAGAUGAUGCUGAUGUAUGCGAAGAGAUUCAUCAUAUUAAAGAGGUCUUUGAAUGCGGUGUGCCUUUAGCAGAAGUGAAAAAUCUGCUGGAAAUACAAAAACUGGUUUUGGAGAUUAAAAAGCUAAAGGGGGAACUAGAAAACUUGAACGAUGAUGAGCACCCCAGCAGCUUCCCCGUCGGCUCCAGGGUGACGUACGCGUGCGUCGAAGGCACCAUCAAAAUCCCCGGGAGGUCGGACACAGUGGAGUGCCUGCCCGGCCCGCGCUGGUCCAAGCUGCCCGAGCCCUGCGGCCGGAGCUGUGCUGCCCCGACAAGGCUGCGGUUUGCUGCCCUGUCCAAGGCAGACGAGAGGAUUAAUUUCUUUCCUGUUGGGACCAAUGUGAGCUACGUCUGCCGGCCCGGCUACGAGAACACCUCGGAAAGUUCCCCCACCAGCACCUGCCUGGACAGCCUGGCGUGGUCGGAAGCUGCGGAGCUCUGCAGGACGAUUACCUGCUCUCCACCUCCUCAGAUCGGCAAUGGAAAGCACAGCGGCGCAGGAGCAGAGAAAUUUGUGUAUAACUCCACAGUGACUUACAGCUGCGAGGCUGGCUUCCAGCUGGUCGGCGAGGCGAGCAUCCGCUGUACGAGCAGCGACGGGACGGACGCGGCCUGGAGCGGAGCCGUGCCGGAGUGCAAAGGUUCCCGUGGAAAUGGCAUCCAGCCAUCCAAGAAGGCUCUCACAUGGGAAAGGAAGCUCAGCCUUUAUAAAAAGUCACUCCAGAACACCGUCUCCUUCUCCCAUUCUGCUUCGUUCUCCAGGACACCAGGCCACAUGAAAGAUAAAAGCUGCCCGUGGUCUGUGUAUCUGCUAAUCUCAUGCUGCGAAGGAGCUGCGUCCGCGUUCCGCGCGGAGCAAGGCAGCUCCAUCACGCUGCGGGCGGGCUGCGAGCACGUCGGCUACGCGCAGACAGGCAGGAGGAACUGCUGA